GGAGAAGGAAGGAGUUUAAAUCAAGUGUGUGAUUGGAUGUUGGAGAUUUUUAAUGGACUAAACUGAACUCCAUGCCUGAAGGGAGUCACAAAGACCCCACGCCAACUUUCAGCACCUUCCAGCCCUCGGACUUGACCAGCAGGAGCUGCCAGAGCCUGGCCUUGCUUCCGAGGCCCAGGCUCCAGGCCCUGAAGGCCGAGUUGGAGGCCCAGCCCAGCCCCAGGGCCCCGGCUGUCCACCCUGUGAACUGCCCCCCUAACCAGGCCUGUCCCCAGGCCCCGGGGGCCGCCUCCAGCCCAGAGGACGCAGGAAAGGCUGAGGAGGAGCCCAGGGCAGGAGGCCAGGCCCUGCAGGCCGAGACCCGGGCGUGGUUCCAGACCCAGGCCCACGGGCUCCUGCAGCACGGGGCAGCCCCUCCCUGGUUCCACGGCUUCAUCACCCGGAGGGAAUCCGAAAGGCUGCUGGAGACCAGGCCGCAGGGCUGCUACUUGGUGCGAUUCAGCGAGAGCGCUGUGACCUUUGUGCUGACUUACCGGAGCCGGACUUGCUGCCGCCACUUCCUGCUGGCCCAGCUUGAAGAUGGGCGCCACGUGGUGCUGGGCGAGGACAGCGCCCACGCGCGGCUGCAGGACCUGCUGCGGCACUACACCGCGUGCCCACUCAACCCCUACGGGGAGACGCUCAGCCAGCCCCUCGCCCGGCAGACUCCUGAGCCAGCAGGACUUUCGCUAAGGACUGAAGAAUCAGACUCUGGAAGCAAAAGCCAGGACCCACACCCCCAGUACACCCCAAUCCUCAAAAAGCAGCAGCCCGCAGCCCCCACGCAGAAAGAGGGGGGCGGCGAGCCAAAGGAGCCCAGAGCCCUUCCCACCAAACCCCGAUGCAGCCCUGAGGAGGAGAGAGCUGAGGAGUUCUGA